AAUGUGUCUUUUAUGAAAUAAAACUAGUGGUUUUUCUGAUCUUCCUAAUGAACAAUUGAAAGAGGCUUUCGUAUUCCUGGUCUUGACCAAUCUGCGCACGCGAACAAUUCUGUACAAAAAUGGCGGAAUUGUUAUUAGACUCACACAUACGUGUGUGGGUAUUUUUGCCUAUCGUUGUUAUAACAUUUUUAGUUGGUGUUGUCCGUCAUUAUGUGUCUAUAUUGCUUUCGUCCCAAAAGAAGGUGGAACUCCAACAAGUGCAGGACAGUCAGGUCAUGAUAAGGUCUCGAUGCUUGAGAGAAAAUGGCAAGUAUCUUCCGAAGCAGUCAUUUCUGAUGAGGAGACAUUUCUUUAAUAAUGAAGAAACCGGUUAUUUCAAAACGCAACGACGACCUCCUGUUUCACAAAAUCCCAUCACAGAUCCGAGUUUAAUGACGGAUAUGCUUAAAGGAAAUGUUACAAAUGUCGUGCCAAUGAUAAUGAUUGGUGGGUGGAUAAACUGGAUGUUUUCCGGGUUUGUGACAACUAAAGUUCCGUUUCCACUGACUUUGAGAUUCAACCAAUGCUUCAAAGAGGAAUUGAGUUGGCAUCACUCGAUGCGUCGUGGGUUUCAUCAGCAUCAUGGUAUUUUCUGAACGUGUUUGGUUUGCGGAGUAUAUACACUUUGGUACUCGGCGAGAAUAAUGCAGCUGACCAAGCUAGACACCUUCAAGAUCAGAUGUCUGGAGCAGCAAUGGCUAUGCCUCCUGACCCUA